GGCGGCUCCGGUCACAUGCGCUCGGGGCGGGCUCCGGGGUAUAAAGGGCGGCGGGGAGGAGCGGGGCGAGCCCGGAGCCGAACUGCGCCCAGCCGAACUGAGCCCAGCCGAACCGAACCCACCAUGGCCACCAGCGAGCCCACGCCGGCGCAGCCCAAGGCAGAGGAGCAGCAGAGCAUCGGGACACGCGUGGCCAACCUGCCCCUGGUGAGCUCUGCCUACGACAUGGUGUCCUCGGCCUACGCCUGCACCAAGGAGAGCCACCCGUACGUGCGCUCCGUCUGCGACGCCGCCGAGAAGGGGGUGAAGACGCUGACAGCAGCAGCAGUGAGCGGGGCCCAGCCCCUCCUCACCCGGCUGGAGCCCCAGAUUUCCACUGCCAAUGAAUUUGCCUGCAAAGGGCUGGACAAGCUGGAGGAGAAGCUGCCCAUCCUGCAGCAGCCCCCCGAGAAGCUCAUCUCGGACACCAAACUGCUGGUGACCUCCACGGUGACGGGGGCCAAGGAUGCGCUGACCAACACCGUGGCCGGGGCCAAGGAUGCAGUGACCAGCACUGUGGCCGGCGCCAAGGACGCGGUGACCAGCCGGGUGACCGGUGUGAUGGACAUGACCAAAGGGGCUGUGCAGGGCGGCAUGGAGCUGACCAGGUCCGCGGUCAGCAGCGGCGUCAGCACCGUCAUGGGCUCCAGUGUGGGCCAGAUGGUGGCCAGCGGCGUGGGCUCCGUGCUGGGCAAGUCAGAGGAGCUGGUGGACCAUUACCUGCCCAUGACGGAUGAGGAGCUGGCCAAGCUGGCCACGGCCGUGGAGGGCUUCGAGCCAGAGCAGCAGAGGCAGCAGCAGAGCUACUUCGUGCGCCUGGGCUCGCUCUCCACCAAGCUGCAGCACCGAGCGCUCCAGCACUCCCUGGGCAAACUGCAGAGCGCCCGCCAGAGCAGCCAGGACCUGCUGGGCCAGCUCCAGCGCACCCUCGACCUGGUGGAGCACCUGAGGCAAGGCAUGGACCAGAGGCUGCAGGGAGGGCAGGAGAAGCUGCAGCAGCUGUGGCUGGAGUGGAGCAAGAAGCAGCCGGGUGGCGGCAAGGACCAGGCGCCACCGGAGACGGUGGAGUCGGGCACGCUGACCAUGCUGCAGGGCUUGACCCAGCAGCUCCAGAGCUCCUGCCAGCCCUUGGUGUCCAGCCUGCAGGGCCUCCCCGCCAGCAUUCAGGACACGGCGGGGCAGGUCCGGCACAACGUGGAGGAGCUGCGGGCAGCGCUGGCCUCCGUCACCUCCCUGCAGGGUGUGACGGGCCCCGUGCUGGCCCGAGCCCGCGACCACGCCACCAAAGCCCGGCAGCUGAUGGACGAGCUGGUGGAGCACGUGGCCUUCAACACCCCCCUGACGUGGCUGGUGGGACCCUUCUCCCCCUCGGGCCAGCGCCGGGUGGAGACACAGUAGCCAUUCUGGGCUGCUUCCCCUCCAAAAAAGCCUCAUUAGGAGCCUUUGCUAACCCCCCCAGCCCCCCAAACCUUGUGCCUGCCUCUGUGGGGACCCUCCUGCCUGCCCCAGCUCCGUCCCUUGUCCCCUUGCUGGGGACCUGCAGUGAUGUGCCUUGGCUGCCCCAAGUGCCUCUUGGGGGUCCCCCAUGACCUCGGUGCCUUCAAACCCCUGGCCUUGUAGGGUCAAAACAGCACAAGAAACAAUAAACUCUGGUUAGUUUUGCA